ACCCUUUCACUGUGGAGAGCUCCCCUACCGCCUGCCUGUUGCUGUCGUCUGAUGGAAGGCUGUCACACCCACGAGUCAGUACUCUCGUCCUCGGUGUCCCGGGGUUCCCAGCAGUUUGGUCUCUGCCUCCUCUGGACCCGGGGAUUUCGGAAGCUGCCGCGCCCACGCGCUGCCCAUUGGGGCGGGCCGGCCGGCCGCCCUGGGGGCGGGACAGCGGUGCCGCUGGGACCCGCUCCCAGGAGCCGGUUCCCUCUUCCCUUCUUCCCCUCCGUGCCAGUGCCCGGGGUGGGGCCCUGCCUGCGGGCUGUGCGGGGCUGCGGGCGGCGCACGUGCGGGCUGGCGGGCGGGGAUCCCCGGCGCCGGGGGCGGGGCACCCGGAAGCGCGCGGACCUGCUGCGCUGAGCCCCGCGGACCGGGGGCGACCGGGACUGAGCUGGGGAGCCGGAGAGCGUGCAUCGUGCCCCGGCCACUGGGGGGCUGUGGUCACAGGUGGGCGCAGCGGAGCACAGCCGGGGUGCCCGGGACUCCAGCCAUCAACGCCGGGAGCCCCGUGGAGCAGAGAUCCAAAGAAGGUCAUUCUUCGGGCGGGGCGGCUCCAGCGGACCGCCCACGUUCUCCGGAUUGGCAGGGGCUGGAGAAGCGCCCCUGGCGCGGAGUCGGAGGAGCCCGGCUGGACGGCAACCCCGAGCGCUGCCGGGGCUUCAGGUAGUCUCCCGGAGACCAGAGCCCGGGCCCUCAUAGCCCAUGCUGCUUCGCCUCUCCCUGCAGCCCUAGGGCUUAGUUUCCGCCCGCGCCGGGCUUCGGGCGGGGACCGCUCGGUCCUCCCGAGCCGGCACCGCAGGUGCGCGAAGCUGCCUGCGCCCUGGCUGUCCCGGGCCGCGUGGUCGGCUGUCGCCAUGGGAACCGCUGGUGCCCUGACUGCACCUGCACUCAGUGGGAAGGGGCGCUGAAGGCUCUUCCGAGCCCAGGAGCCAACCUUCGAGGUCGCUGUCUGGCCACGCGGUGCUACAAAAUCCCGAUUAAAAACAGGACCCCUUCCUUUUUUUUUUUUUUUUUUUAAUUUUCUCAGGCGUUGGUGGUUAAUCCUAGAGAGAGGUGUGGAUGUGUUUACAAGAUGUGAGUUUUGUGAUUUCCAUUUUUACCUUCUGAGGGCUGCGUAAGCCUCAUAGUGACAGGUGCAAAUCAUGACACCGAAGAGCAGUAUGAAGUCCGUGAAGAAAAACAAAGCGGAAGAACCUGAAUUGGAGCCCCUGUGCUGCUGCGAGUAUAUAGAUCGAAAUGGGGAAAAGAACCACGUGGCUGCUUGUUUGUGUGAUUGCCAAGAUCUGGAUGAAGGGUGUGAUAGAUGGAUUACAUGUAAAUCCAUCCAGCCAGAAACUUGUGAAAGAAUCAUGGAUACAAUCUCUGAUCGCCUCCGAAUUCCUUGGCUUAGAGGAGCCAAAAAAGUCAACAUUAGCAUAAUUCCCCCCCUCAUCCUGCUGCCCAUCUUCCUUCAAGUGGCCUCCUGGCAUUUCCUACUGGGGGUAGUGGUUUUGACCUCACUUCCUGUGCUGGCCCUGUGGUACUACUACCUCACUCACAGAAGGAAAGAACAGACUCUCUUUUUCCUCAGCCUUGGACUGUUCUCUCUGGGCUACAUGUACUAUGUGUUCCUGCAGGAAGUGGUGCCCCAAGGGCAUGUGGGGCCUACUCAGUUGGCUCUUCUUACCUUCGGGUUACUUCUGAUACUCUUCGCCUUGUACAGAGCCAAGAAGAAUCCAGGCUACCUCAGACACCCAGCAAGCACUGACAUAUUUCUAAGCAGCAGCCAAACUGAAUGCCUGAACAGAAAAGGGCAGAAGACCAAAGGGUUCCCUGGAGCAGACAUGUCUGGAAGUCUCAACAACCGCAUACCGAAGGAUGAUCUGAAAGGUUCUUUCUGGAUGUUGGGAGGAAGCCCCACCAAGGUGAAGGAGGACUGGUGUGCGAAAUGCCAGCUGGUGCGACCAGCCCGGGCAUGGCAUUGCCGGAUAUGUGGCAUCUGUGUAAAGAGGAUGGAUCAUCAUUGUGUCUGGAUAAAUAGCUGUGUUGGAGAAUCAAAUCAUCAAGCAUUUAUACUUGCCCUUUUGGUCUUCUUGCUUACCUCGGUGUAUGGGAUAACGCUGACCUUGGACACCAUUUGCAGAGAGAGAAGUGUCUUCACAGCUCUCUUCUACUGCCCUGGAGUCUAUGCAAAUUACAGCUCUGCUCUGUCUUUCACCUGUGUGUGGUACUCUGUGAUCAUCACAGUGGGCCUGGCCUACAUCUUCCUGAUCCAGCUGAUAAACAUCAGUUACAAUGUAACUGAGAGGGAAGUCCAGCAGGCCCUUCGGCAGAAGACUGGGCGCCGGCUCCUCUGUGGACUCAUCGUGGACACAGGCCAGUACAACAGGGGCUUCCUGCGGAACUGGUACCAGUUCUCCACCCUGGGCACUCACCCGUUCCACCACCCUGCUGAGGACAUUGUCUGAAGUGCCUUCUGUGUGGCUCUCAGAGGGAUGGCUCCUCCUCCUGCUUCCUUCUGUUGUGCAUUUCAGUGCUCACGCUGGAUAUUCGUUUUUAUUCCCAAUUUCUUCAAAGGCAUUACAGGGCCAUGCUCAGGUUCAGAGACUGGACUGGGAAGAAGUUAUCUUUUUCUGACUUCACAUUUCAGAGAUUUUUUUUAUAUAUUGAAGCAGUAAAAGUAAAGCCAUUCCUUUCCAGUCACCUUGUUCACUAACUCUGUCACCAGAAGUUGAAAAGGAUGUGGACUGCUAAUGCACAAAUUGAUAAAAGCAAUUCCUUUCUAUUAGUAUGGGAGAAAGAGUUUUGGAUUAGCAUAGUCUCUAGUCUCUCUUUCAAUUCCUAAUAGCCAUGUGACCAUUAGUGGAGUCACUUUCUGAGUCUCAGGUUCAUCUGUAAAGUGGGGUACUGAGCCUGCCCCAAUUACCUCGCUUAGUGAUUGUGAGGGUCACGUGAGGGAUGAACUAUAAUGGAAAGCACUGAAAGACAACAAAAGCACAGAGUAUGAAGUAUUAUUAGAAAAAUCCCAGGACUGAAAAAAAAAUGCGAAUCAGAAUGUUGAAGCCAAUAUUCCUAGAGCAGUCAGUUUUUAGAACUUCAGAGUGGACAAAAAGAUACCUAAAUGCCAUUUAUACAGUUACAGGAAUUUCUUUUUCUAAAAUAGUAGGCAUUAACUACUUAUACAGGGAAAUGACCUGAUGGACUGAAAGAGCAGUUGAUGAGGAUUCUAUUUAACGAUUCUAUUUAUUGCUAGCAUAAUUUACAGUGACCGUGAGGUCAGGUGAUGAGUUUUUAUAUAUACCUAAUUUCUUAUGUAUCCUGUUUGAACUUACUAUAACGCCCAUAGACAUAAUAUUAUUUAUUUUUCCCCCUCCUAUUUUUUAUGUCUUACCUGGUAAGGUGCUAGCACACUUGUGAUGGUAACUGGAACAAGAGAGAGAGCAGAUUUUUUUUUUUUUUUUUUUCCUCCAGGGUUAUUGCUGGGCUCGGUGCCUGCACCAUGAAUCCACCGCUCCUGGAGGCCAUUUUUUCCCCCUUUUUGUUGCCCUAGUUGUUGCAGCCUAGUUGUGGUUAUUAU